CACGGAAGUAGGAUUGGAAACGACUGUUUUGAUUUUGCAUUCCUUGUGUGGGGUAAAGAUAUACAUACUGACUAAACUGAAUAGACUACCCAACUCACAUUCGACUGAAAAUGUCUAAACUACAGUUGUUGAGUGUUUUUUUAAAUGAGCGUUUAACGGCGGCUGCUGUGGAGAUUUUCGGGGCAGUUGAGAAAACGGUAGGAGAAUACCAGGAGGAGAAUGAUCGGCUACGGAGACUGCUGGGGAUCACACCGGAGAUACGACAACGUAAAAUAGACUCCCUGCAGCUCUAUGUCUCUGAAGAGGAGGUUCCCCCUGAGCAGCAGCACUGUGAGCAGGAGUGGAGCCCCUGUCUGGGGCAGGAGGACCCAGAGCCCACACAGAUUAAAGAGAAACAGGAGGAAGUCAGGACCAGUCAGGAGGAGCUUCAAGGUCUGGAGCCUGAUAUCAUAGAAUUCAAAUUCACUCCUUCCUGUGUGAAAAGGGAAUGUGAUCCGGAGGACCCACUUUGGUCCUUGACUCUUCCCCAAACCCAGACUGUGGAGAACAGAGAGAGCGACUGUAAACGAGUGGAUUUCACACGUUUUGGCACUGUGACCCACAUUAAGGGUCUCAACAUUCCCUGUGACCCUCCAGAUAGUCAAAACAAUGCCUUCAGCCACAGUUCAGCUGUAAGCAGCGACACAGUAGGACUUGACAGCAGCCCAUCAUUGGAUCCAAACCCACCAAUGGGGGAACACUAUUCCAAACUCAGCACCACGUCUAUAAAAACUCACCACUGCCAUGACUGUGGUGAAACGUUUCCUCUGAAAGCUGAACUGCAGAGACAUGUGACUCUCACCAAGAAGAGAGUCAGCGAAUGCCACUUAUGCAAAAAACUCUAUAACUCCACCUGUAAACUGAAGGCCCAUGUCCAACUCUGUCAUGGUGGUAAACCCUGCACCUGCCCCUUUUGUGGAAAGGCCUUCAAACAAAAAGGACAUCUAUCCAGGCACAUGAAUAUUCACACAGGAGAGAAACCAUUUACCUGUGGUGACUGUGGGAAGAGCUUUAUUCAGAAAGGGGACCUAAGGAGACAUAUACUGACUCACACAGGAGAGAAACCAUUUAGCUGUGGUGACUGCGGUAAAGGCUUCAUUCGCAAAGAGCACCUAACUGCACAUGUACGGACUCACACAGGAGAGUAAUCAUAUGGCUGCUCAGUCAGAGGUAAAAGAUGAAUUCAGAUGGUAAACGUGCUGACGCACGUGAGAUACAUCCACAAAGAAAGAAAAUAGGAUGAAAACACAAAAAAGAAAGACCGUUAGGACAAAGAUCUCCUAUCAGGAGAUGGGAAUAAAAAGGCAGGAUGUGAACAACGCUCUUAGGACAGCAGAGAAAGACAGGACAAAGAUCCCCUGUCAGGAGAUGGGAAUAAAAAGGCAAGGAUGUAAACAACACUCUUAGGACAGCAGAGAAAGACAGGACAAAGAUCUCCUAUCAGGAGAUGGGAAUAAAAAUGGAGAAUGUGAACAACACUCUUAGAAAAGCAAAGCUACUCUGGAUCAUUCCUGCUGUGGGUUUCAGAUAAAUAGAUACAUGAUGGAUUUACUUUAGUAAAAUGUUUUGUGUAAAUAAAGUUUGAUUUGAAUUAAAAGUUUAGGAAAUUAAAUAACAGUAGUGUCUGUAUUUUGUAUUUUGUUCAACGUCUGUUGAUGUUUCCACGAAAUUAGAAACAGGGAUAUCUGGUGAUGACAGAAUGUUCUGACUGAUGUUAUUAUAAUUUUUUUUUUUUUUUUUAUGCAUUAAUUCCAGAAGUUAUCUCCUUCCGUCUGUCCAUGAGUGUUUCUCAUCCAUUCUGACCCAAUGUUGCUCAUUCAUGAUAUUGUUUGAAAUUGUAACUUCUGGGAAGUAGUGAUAGUGAUAGUCAACUCCUGUCCCAAUUCAAUAACAUCUACACUACCGUUCAAAAGUUUGGGGUCACUUAGAAAUGUCCUUGUUUUUGAAAGAAAGGCACAUUUUUUUGUUUGUUAAAAUAAUAUCAAAUUGAUCAGAAAUACAGUGUAGACAUUGUUAAUGUUGUAAAUGACUAUUGUAGAUGGAAACGGCAGAUUUUUAAUGGAAUAUCUACAUAGGCGUACAGAGGCCCAUUAUCAGCAACAGUCACUCCUGUGCUCCAGUGGCACGUUGUGUUAGCUAAUCACAGUUUAUCGUUUUAAAAGGCUAGUUGAUCAUUAGAAAACCCUUUUGCCACUAUGUUAGAACAGCUGAAAACUUGUGCUAAUUAAAGAAGCAAUAGAAUUGGCCUUUAGACUAGUUGAGUAUCUGGAGCAUCAGCAUUGCGGGCUCGAUUAUAGGCUCAAAAUGGUCAGAAACAAAGAACUUUCUUAUGAAACUCAUCAGUCUAUUCUUGUUCUGAGAAAUGAAGGCUUUUCCAUGCGAGAAAUUGCCAAGAAACUGAAGAUCUCGUACAACACUAUGUACUACUCCCUUCACAGAACAGCGCAAACUGACUAACCAGAAUAGAAAGAGGAGUGGGAGGCCCCGGUGCACAACUGAGCAAGAGGACAGGUACAUUAGAGUGUCUAGUUUGAGAAACAGACGCCUCACAAGUCCUCAACUGGCAGCUUCAUUAAAUAGUACCCGCAAAACACCAGUCUCAACGUCAACAGUGAAGAGGCGUCUCCGGGAUGCUGACCUUCUAGGCAAAUAAAAAGAAAAGAUUAAGAUGGACAAAAGAACACAGACACUGGACAUCGUCUGAAUACCUCUCGUAUUGCCAACCUUACAACAAUGGCAGCAAAUAUUCUUAUGAAUUCAACAACACAAUGAAAGGAAACUAUUUAUAUCACCCCUUUUCCUGAAGUGAAUGGUUUCACCCACUACUCUACCCGCGAACUGCGGCAUUCUUUGAUCUCUACAUUUUCACUUUGUCACACUGGCAUGCCAUGCCUAAAGUUUGCUAAUCUUGCCAAUUAAACUAUAAUUAAAGUAAUUAGCAAUAUCAUUGGGUUUUGUGAUGAAUGAGCCAUCUGAUUCAAUGAAUGAUGGAA